UUAGACAUCUCUCUCUCUCUCUCCACUAGAAGAAAGAAACAGAGUCUCUCUCUCUCUCAACUUGGAGAAGUAGUACCAGUGUUCACAAUGGCUGAAGACGGGGUCGAAGUUGGUGUCGAAAAAGGAUCCGAGUCGAAGGAAUAUUUGAGGAAUCAGAGAUACCCACAAAACGGACUCCUACCGCAACCAAAGGGUAGCUCGAAACCAAAAUAUCACAAACCAAGAAUUAAGCCCGCCAACUGGGGAGCUGCUGGAUCAGGAAUGCAAGCUAUCUUCUUAGAUUCUGGCCCGAGAUCAUGCGGCACCGGAGUUUUCCUCCCCCGGAGAGCAGACACUGGCUUCCACCCUACCAAAAAGCCAGCUUGCUCUCCGGUUCUCCUCCCUUCCCGCGUGGUCCAAGCUCUUAAUCUCAACGUGCACGAACUGGGAUUGCAAAUCAAACCACCGAAAGAUACAAAUAGCGAGUCAAAAAGUGUCGAUCGCAACGCAAAAGGCAAUAAAAAGGGCAAGGAUGGAUCAACUCACUACUGUGUCAUCUCACAAAGCCGCAGUGCUUCCCCAGAGAUAUUUCUCCCAAAAGAAUGGACUUACUAGCACCUUCACACACAGAGUCAAUAAAACACAAGCAAUAUCUAGUUUUUUUUCUUGUUGAUUUCUACGUACAUGACAGUCUUGAAUGUAAUUUAUUUUAUUUGUUCACAAAUAAUCUUUGAUGAUGGAUGUUGGCAAUAUAUUUCAAACAA